GUAUUCGACCAAAGUCAUUAUCUCUUGCUUCGUCGUCCCGUCAACAACGAGAGAGGCAUUCGCCGUUUGUUACACAAGACUUUUGGCCGACCGUCGUGCUUAUGGACAUUUAAAAAACACUCGCUGGUUUUGUGCGUUCAAUCCUAUCGCUGUGUCAUCAAACAGGUGUUAGAAGAAAGAAAUGCACUAAAGAAGUGGUACAAGAAAAUCGAUCAAGCUGGCGCCAUUUAAGCUUCGUUUCUCGAAGAUGUCGAAGUCGCGAAACGGCGGCAGUAAGGGUAGCCGCAGUAACAGCACAGAAUCGGAAGAUUCUAGCCAACAGCGUUUGAUUAAUUCACCACUCUUGUCGACAUCGGAUACACUCGGAACGAACGGCAACAGUUUUGUCUUGAGAAACGAAUCAACGGUGCCGAGUUCGCCUCCGCCUUCUUAUCAGCACGUUCUCGAAGAGACGAGAAUGAGGCAAUCGGCUGAUAAUGAGGGAGAAGAGGAAAUGGACGAGGUAGAAGAGUAUACAAAAAAACAAGGACAAGCUUUGAAGAGGUACAAACCUGCUGUUAGCGGUGAAGGAGGUGGCGGUAGUGGUUGCGGUCCAGGAGGUGGAGGAGGGAGACAGCCUGUCAAAGGGACAGAAAUUCUUCAUAAAUCGAGCAAAGAAUUUUAUAGAGCGGUUGCCAAACAAUGGGGAAUUACUUGUAAAAUGAGCGAUCAUUGCAGAUGUUUCGAUUGUCAGAGUCAUUACUUCGACUGCGAAUAUGAUAAGGAUGAGCACGGGAAAACCGACGGUGGAUUGGGCGCCGGCACGCCAAUGUUUCUUACCUCUAUGAUCCACGGCACGUCCUGUGUUCUCCUAUAAGAAGAACAAAUUUUCGCAAACUGACAAAACAAACCAUUUUUGCUUUAUCGAAGCCGAAUAUAUUCGUGUUUGCCCACAAAAAAGAACGAAAGAAAGAAAGUAUAAAUAGUUUCUUGAAAUGGACUGAUUCAUGGAAAGAGCAUGAAGAUAUUUAAGAUUAAUUGUUAAGAGGGACAAGGACAUUGAGACGGGUAAGAAAAA